GACAGGAGUUGGGGGAAAAGAAACCUGACCCGUAAAUCCUAUCCUCCUCCCUUCACCUUCGCGGCGCGCCGCCGGUCACCGGUCGCCGCCGCCCUCCGAUUCGUCUCCGAUCCAUUCCGCGGAGGCGGCCGGCGCGCCACUCUAGCUGCUUGGCGUGUCUGGGCGCAGGAAGUUGGUUCGAGUUGCCGCAUCGGAUUGUUCGCCGGCGUGAAGGUUCACUGGGCCAAUAUGGAUGUCGAUAAACAGGAAACAAUGGAAGAGACUAUUCUUGUUGGUGAUGAUCUCAUGCGUGGGUUGCCAUCCCCUGUCAUACCAAAAGAAAUUGCUUCACAUGUCCUGGAUGGUGUUGAGAUUUGCGAUGGCAUACUCAAAAAUCUUUUCUUAUGUCUGCAAAUCAAUGAUAUCGAGCCAUUUUGCCAAGAUGAAAUAGUACUAUACCGACAAUGUGCUGAGAAAAGGGAUAAGGAAAUUAGAGAGCGGCUGCAGGAUAGUGAAUAUAAGCUGGGUUUUUCAAUGCCCCUGGAAGAAGCUAAGGAAAGAACUACCCAAUUACAAUCAGAAGUCACACUGCUAGAAAGGCGCAUGAUCCUUGCUAGUGGACUUGAGGGCAUGGAAGGAUUUCGCCAAAGGUGGAGCUUGCAUGGACAGCUCGAAGACACAAGGAAACGAUUGGAGGCACUGAACCGUGGAAUGGAAAAAAGAGUGGGACAAAGUUCUCCAUCGCAAGGGACAGCUCCUGCUGUUAGGAAGAGGUGGUUCUUUUGGUAGUGAGAAGAACGGCAAGAGACACUUUUGAACAAGCUGAUAAGGUUAGAUUCUGCUGUUGCCAUAGCGUAGAGAUGAUGUACUCGAAACCAAGAUCAAGAACAAGCAACUGUAUUCCGUUGGCCGGGAUGUCAAGCGUGGAAUCGUUUCAUGUGGAGCUCACCGAGUGAGAGAAGCCGAGAAGUUGACCUGCCCAGACUUGAUUGGCGAAAAAGCCAUGCUUGGUUCCAACGACAUACGUACGCUUGGUCAGAGCUCAAUGCAGCCACCAAGAUUCAUAUUAAACAAUCUUAUUAAUUUUUUUAUAUUUUUAUGAUUAUUUAGAUGGUAUACAAGCAACAGGUUACACCCGUGUGCUAAUAAACUGCUUCCCCUGCCUAUAAGAAAGCU